CGCUGUCAAAGCGUCAAAUAAAAAAGGUUAGGUGGACUUGCGUAAAAGUUAUAAAAUUUGGAGUUCAGGUUUUGAAGAUAUCUUACAAUAUAAAUGGUGUUUUAGUAGUAUACGUUAAAAUAUUUAGAGGAUGGCGUCAACGGGGAGUACAUCAUUUCCUAAAUGGCAGCUGGCUAUCCUUCUUGGUGCCCCUUUGGCUAUCGGUUUAGGUUAUCUCUACUUAAGAAACAGAUUUGAAGAUCCGGAAAAGAAGAAAGAAGCUGAACUCAAAGCGAAAACAACGAUCUCUUUAGAUAAUGAAGAAAAUGCAAAAGCUCCUGAAAAUGCAAUCGACCGCGCUAUGAAGUUGAAAGGUGCCGGAAACCGUGCAUUUCAUGCAGGCGAAUACGAUAAAGCUAUUUCUUUGUAUAAUGAAGCGAUUGAAGCUUGUCCACCUGACCGACCUGUUGACUUGGCUACGUUCUACCAAAAUCGUUCGGCCUGCUAUGAGAAAAGGGAAAUGUGGGAUCAAGUUAAAGAAGAUUGUACUUUUGCAUUGAAAUUGAACGAAAAGUAUGUUAAAGCUUAUCUUCGUCGAUCCCGUGCUGCCGAAAAGAGUGGUGAUCUUGUCCUAGCUUUGGAAGAUGUCACAUCAGCUUGUAUUUUGGAACGGUUUCAAGUACAAAGUUCACUAGUAAAUGCGGAUCGUAUCCUGAAAGCAUUGGGAAGGCAGCAUGCACGGGAAGCACUAGCUAAACGAAACCCUGUCAUGCCAUCGAAACAUUUCAUCAAAACUUACUUUUCAGCGUUCUCUGAAGACCCUAUCACCAAAAUUAUUCUCGAUGAUAAGGAGAGUAGUGGCUUUGCAAAAGCAAAACAUGCCCUUGAUGCUCAAGAUUAUGAGUCCGUGGUGAAUGCCUGCACUGAAGAAUUAGAUGCAGAUGGGAAAUAUAAAUAUGAAGCCUUACUGUUGCGUGCUACUUUCUACCUGCUUCUUGGAAGACAUGAAGAAGCACAAGAAGAUUUGGGUAAAGUUAUUGAUAGUGAUGCCUCCACUAAAGUCAAAGUAAAUGCAUUGAUAAAACGUGCAUCCCUUUACACACAACUGGAAAACACAGAGAAAUGUCUUGAAGACUUUGCUAAUGCUGCCCAGUUGGACUCUGGAAACUCCGACAUUUAUCAUCACCGUGGACAAGUUUAUCUAUUAUUAGAGCGGAUGGAUGAAGCUACAUCAGAAUUUGCGAAGGCUGUAGAGCUGAACCCUGAUUUUUCCAUUGCUUACAUUCAAAAGUGCUAUGCUGACUACAGGCAUGCUCAACUCCACAAAAAUAUUGGAGCAUUGACUCAAGUUAGGGCAGACUUUGAAAAGGCAUUGGAGAGAUUCCCAAGAUGUGCUGAAGCAUACAUUCUGUAUGCCCAAGUAUUGUCAGAUCAGCAGGAGUGGGGAAGAGCAGAUGCAUUAUUUGAUUCUGCCCUAGCAGUAGACCCAAAUAAUGCCACCCUCUAUGUCCAUAAAGGCCUUGUGCAAUUACAGAAGAGCACUGACUUUGAUAAGGCUGUCAAGUUAAUUAACAAAGCUAUAGAAAUGGAUGAUAAAUGUGACUUUGCUUAUGAAACUCUUGGUACCAUUGAAGUUCAAAGAGGUAACUUAAGGCGUUCACUGGAGCUUUUCGAGAAAGCUAUUGCAUUGGCUAAAACAGAACUGGAAAUGACCCAUUUAUUCAGUCUCAAAGAUGCAGCCGCUGCACAACUGAAGGUGUCGGAGCGUUGGGGACUAGAUUGGACUGUAAGCUAGGCUAUUUGCAAUUACACAACGAGAACAUACUUCAAGUAAAUUUAUUGUGAAUGUCAGAGUAGGGUGGAAAAUGUGUUUUCGUUCGAUUUUAUUUUCCAUACUUUAAAUUGUUUGCUAAAUGUGUAUGAGUAUAUUAAUGUAACGUUUAAAAGCUCAAAUUGCAUUUGAUAAAGCCCAUCUAAUUAAUGAUGCUUUCAUUUCUGUCUGUUGUAUAUAACUAUUAACGUCUAAACCCUACUUUGUAUUUUCAAGCCUCGUUGUGAAUAUGACUAGUUUGUGUUAUACCGCCGUUAACUCGCCGCUUAUGUAACAAUUAUUGUGUAUUAUACUUAUGUAUAUCAUAUUUGUGUAUAUUAUGCAGUAAUAUCAUCACAUUUAUAUAUUUAUUGUUGAUUUCUACAUAAUUUAGAAAAAUUAUGCAAGUGAUUUUAAUACAUUUUUGGUUUUAAAUUACAUACAUGUAAUUUUAUUAUGUUAAAAUUGUUAAUUUUGUCGCUUUAUAAUUUACGUAUGUUAGAGCGUCAUAAAUCUCUUAUAGAACAUACUUCAUAUUGAAGUUUGUUAAAAUUCCUGAAAAAGUUGGCAUUUAAAUAAGUAGUGACAAAGCUGCUGUAGAGGUUAGGUUGAGGUAUUUGAUUGAUUGAAUGACAUAAUAUUAAAUGUAAUAUAUAUUUAUAUAAAGUUCUAAUUAAUAUAUACAGGAUAGAAGUAUAUUUUAUUGCACCUCAAAAAGAAAGCUUUAUGACAUCAUCUCAAUGCAGUAUGAUAGAAAUACAAUAAAGAAGUUAAGAGUGAUUCAACUGUUUUUACUUUCUGACAAUUUUCAUUAGCGAUUAUGGUAUUUAAUUGUAUGAAAAUAAAUAUAUGCAUUGAUAUUUUAGCAUUUCUUCCUCGUAGGUGUUGGAAUAUAGGAUAAAUUUUUGGCCAUUUAUUUGAUUAAAAUUAUCGAAGGUAAUUUUUUAUGUAUAUAUAAGUAGUUAGUGAGAAAAUUAGGAAGCUAUAAAUAACAACUAGUUACUAGUGAUAUUUUGUGUACAGAAAAUUCAUUAGUAUGUGUCGCUUAUAUCAGACGACGUAAUAACUGCUUGUUUUACUUUAAUGUAAAAAAAUGAAGAUGUUAGCACAUUUUGAAUUAAAGUCACAACAAUUGUUUAAAUUUAUGUAUGUCCGAUUCUUGUUCACUUGAAAAAAAUGUUUGUGUAGAUUAGUUAUUAUAGAGUGAAAAAGUAAUUUGACAAAAUAUUUACUUUACUGGGUCCAAGCAAGGCGAUCUCAGAGUCCUCACAACAGACUUGAAAUUUUGUCCAUAUGAAUGCGUUACGGCGAAUGGAGUUACGGCGGUAAACAACAGGUGCAUCCAACAUGUAAGUGAAGGUGUCGAUUAAAUUGGUAAUUGAAUACGUACUAGUCAGUUAUGUUUUAACUGUUAUCAAAUUUUUAGUGUGGCUUAAAGGUAGGGCGCCUACUCACGUUAGAUGCACCUUCAAAAUGGAUUAGUGUUAGUUUGCUAAUAUGGUUCUACAAGUGUUGUUACCUCACCGAUAGUGAAUAGUUAUCAAUUUAUGAAAACUUCAAAUAUAUACAAUUAAAAGCU